GGUGGAGUUCCGGGCUCCGGGCUUCCCCUCCGCACUUCCCACUCGUUUUCGGGUCUCUUGCAUCCAGAUCCCCUGAAAUCCUUGACCCAUUUUUGCCCCUUUGGACCUUGUCUAAGUGACCCGUCUCCACCCAGCUUCUCCUGGUCCCUGCUCCCGGACCCCCGCCUAUCCAGCCUAUCAUCCCUCAGCCUUCAUCUUGAGCCUCCAGACGCUGCAGUUCGGAGCUUUCUGGUGUGCCAUGUGCUGCAGCCAGGAAGAGAGCAGUGGACCCCGCAGACUAGGGUCGGUGGGUGAGCGAGAAACAGGCCCAGACCUCGUCUUGUUUUCGGCUAGGGGUCGUUUUGUCCCAGAAUCAAGUACCUUAGCAUUUUCUUAGCCAUUCUUCUAGAAACGAUGCAGACCCUUGCCGGUAUGUAAGUAGGAAAGGGCAGAUUCGCCAACAACUCUGCCACAGUUUCCAGAGACUGCCACUCAUUCAGUAAACGGAGAUUUUGGAAAGCUCCCUUGGUAUUGAGACCAGGUGGCUAGACAGUUGGCCAGGAAGGCCUCUGUCGCCUUGCCAUGCACGCACAUUCAUAGUCUAGAAAUGGUGUGGCCUGGUGACUUUGUCGCUGUGUGUCUGGGUGAGCCAGGAGCCCUUUCUUGCUAAAACGCCUUCUUUAAAGACUUGGAACAAACCUGGGUUUUGUCGGCACAGUUCUGAGUUGAGGCUACCUUGCCUUGUGUCAGUGUCACUGAUCUAGAUGAGUGUGUGCACGGUGAGGUUGUGUGCACUAUUAGAUGCGCCUGGCUUGAAGUAGUAGAGGGGCCCUUUACUGUACAGCGUCGUGCUGCGUGUUGGGCUUGGGGUGCAGGACGCUGGAUCUUCAAACUCAUCCUCCAUCUAUCUGCCCGCAGUCAUUCCUUCUCUCCACCGUCUCCCAGUUUUUAAAAACGAUUUAAGAACAAAUCCAAAUAACAUUUCAGCUCUAAAUCAUCUGCAUUUAUUUCUGUCUGGAUCCCUUUUAAAAACCAUGGCUGCAGUCAGGUAUCUGUCAUUGCAUUUAUAACGGCUACAACAAUGCCACCACAUCACCAACAUGAAGAAGAGAAAUUCUUCCUUAAUGCCAAAGGCCAGAAGGAAACUUUACCCAGCAUCUGGGACUCACCUACCAAACAGCUGUCUGUUGUUGUGCCUUCCUACAACGAAGAGAAACGGUUGCCCGUGAUGAUGGAUGAAGCCCUGAACUACCUAGAAAAGAGACAGAAGCAGGACCCUAUGUUCACUUAUGAGGUGAUAGUAGUUGAUGAUGGCAGUCAAGACCAGACAUCACAGGUCGCUUUAAAAUACUGCCAGAAAUACGGAAGUGACAAAGUGCGAGUGAUAACGCUGGUUCAGAACCGUGGGAAAGGUGGUGCUGUGCGGAUGGGUGUGUUCAGUUCUCGAGGAGAGAAGAUCCUCAUGGCGGAUGCUGAUGGAGCCACAAAAUUUCCAGAUGUUGAAAAACUAGAAAAGGGGCUGAGUGAUCUCCGGCCGUGGCCUGAUCAAAUGGCCAUCGCCUGUGGGUCUCGAGCUCAUUUGGAGAAAGAAUCAAUUGCUCAGCGCUCUUACUUCCGUACUCUGCUUAUGUAUGGAUUCCAUUUCCUGGUGUGGUUCCUUUGUGUCAAAGGAAUCAGGGACACGCAGUGUGGGUUCAAAUUACUGACCCGAGAAGCAGCAGCCCGGACCUUCUCAUCUCUGCACAUCGAACGAUGGGCAUUUGAUGUAGAACUGCUAUACAUAGCACAAUUUCUUAAAAUUCCAAUAGCGGAAGUCGCCGUCAACUGGACUGAAAUUGAGGGUUCUAAGUUGGUUCCGUUUUGGAGCUGGCUCCAAAUGGGCAGAGAUUUGCUCUUCAUCCGACUGCGGUAUCUGCUGGGCGCCUGGAAGCUCGAGCGAACGAGGAAGAUGAGUUAGUUUGCUGCUGGGACUGGACUGCACUUUUACCUACGGUGUCAUGCAAUUUCACUUGAAAUCAGGAUUUUUCAAUGAAGCUGUGAUGGACCCAUCCUCACUAUCUGCAAACCAUGAGAUGUCUUUGGGGACAAAUAAAUUUUUACGUAUUUGUGUCAUAAGUUAGAUUUUCUUUUAUUUCGUAGUCUUUAUUUUGAUUCCUGUCAUUAAAGUUCUGAGAUGGACACUUUAAAACGGAAGACAAGAAAUGUCUUCAAGGUGCCUGUCCAGUUUUUACAAUCACUAUUAAAACAUACUCUGUAACAGUCACUUAACGAUGAAGUUGGCUAUAAGUUCAAAUACAGGAUUACCUGUGUCUCAGUGGCUUUAUUUAAUACUAGGAAUACUAGGAAAUGGCCACAAUCAUGUGAAUAAGUCUCUGUGUUGAAAGUAGCUACUUCCUUGUUCCAUUUGUUUCUCUAACUUUGCCUGUAUUGUGCUGUGCCGUCUCUCACCCCCAUAACCUUCCCCUCUGGGAUUUGUGUGGAAAUUCUGUUUGCUUUUCAUCCUUCAUUUUUUAUUGCUGGCUUCAAACAUUCUUGGGCAAUCCAGGCAAAACUAAACUGUAUCUCAACCCCUGGAAGUCUUUUAUCAAAAAUGUUUUAAAAUAAUGAUAAAUAUAUUUACUUAAUUCCAGAAUUAAGAUACUGAAGAGGCCAAUGCAAUUUUUUAAAAAAAGGAAUCUCCAACAACAACAACAAAAAAAACAAAACAAAAUUAAAUCAUUUCUGACAUCAUAGAGAAACUAAGCAUAAUAAAAGUUGUGAUAGUUUCUAUUUGAAAUACAUGUAGAACACACAUGUAUUUGUGGUUUGGGCUCCAGCAUCUGACUGACUGACUGAAAGAAUGGAACAUUUAGGAAGUGGCACUUAGAACAAGUUAGGGUACUGGGGGUGUACCCUUAAAGAGGAUAAUGAGAGCUGUGUGUGUGUGUGUGUGUGUGUUGUGUAGCUCCAUAUUUACCUCUAUAAAUACAGAAACAUCCAAGCUAAAAAUGUAGAAUAUAAUCAGAGGCACUAUGAGAAAAUGGCAAGUUGAUACCCAGAACCUGCUAACCUAACAGGCUGGAAUAACCCUGUCUCAAGCAAGGUGGAAAGGUGAAGGCACCUGAGAUUGUCUGUGUGAGCCUACCCUACCCUACAAAGAUGAAGAACAAGAAGUUUUAUUCUGUACGUAGCUUUCUCUGGCAUUGCCCUGGAAGGGGUGUCUGGUCACAGCCGCAGUUGGGUUCACACUUGGCACCCUCAGCCUUCUCUCUGGCCGUUGGGUCUGGGGCUCGUUGUAUAUGAUGUGGAGGCUUUGAGAGCUCACAUCCAGCACAUCCAGCAGUCAGAGAAAAACUCUCCAGUGGGUUCAAUGAAUGAAACUCAGGCAUCAAUUCUGUACAGCAAGGACUUUUCCUGGCUGAGCCAUCUUUCAAAAAGUUCUAGAUGUUAUCUUUUGUAAACAUACCCCAGUUCUCACAGGACAGCAGCCUGAGGCUGCCCCCUCCCUGUAGAAGGGACAUGAGUGUACGAUCUCCUCAUGUCGCACGUGAGCGAGUGAGGACACAUGUGCCUCCCCUGCCUGAUACGGGAACAUCUGGUGUCUUCAUGUUUUGUCCACACGCUACAGUUCCCCGUGAACUCCAGAAGGACCAUGAGAGGCAGAGGCUUGUGCCUUGGCUCUCUAUUCAGGCUGACAGGAGUUUGAUUGUGUGUCAGUCACUUUGUGUCCCCGGAUCUUCAGCUGUAAGACAGAAAUGAUAAUCUCACCAUGUGAGAUAUGAGCGGGGAUGUAGAGGUGCCUGCGCAGCACUCACCAAGUUCUGUGUCAGGGAACUGUCAUGGUGAGCCCUCAUCGACCCUUAUUGCUGAAUCAAGACCAUCUGCCUUUCUUCGGCUCAGUCCCUUCCUGUUUAUCAGCAGUGACCUCUCAUGCCGCAUUCUUUUUCUUACAAAUGCAGCCAGUUUAACAGUUAAGGUUUCUAUGCUCAAAACCCCAGUAGGUUCUGCACACAGUAGG